UGUCCAUGCAAAUCGGUGUCUCCUCCGAGGGGCCCGUAGUGAUAUACUGGAUUCGGAGGCAGUCCCGGCGGGGAACCAGGAGCUUGCAGUCCGUCCUCCAGCCCGCCUGUCCGUCCGUCCCGCCCCCUCACUGCCCCCGGACCCCGAGCCCCCUGCGGCCUAUCACCAGGAGGAUCUACAGACCCAUCGACAGAGAGCGGCGAGGAAGAGGAGCGCCCUCCCCCCAGCUUGUGUGAACUCCCGCCCCGGAUACCCUGGACACAGACUAGGUUGGGCCAUGGGGAAAGGAAACAGCAAGCUGGCCCCGGAGGUGCUGGAGGACCUUGUGCAGAGUACGGAGUUCAGCGAACAGGAGCUGAAACAAUGGUACAAGGGCUUCCUGAAGGACUGUCCCAGUGGCAUCCUCAACCUGGAGGAGUUUCAGCAGCUCUAUGUCAAGUUUUUCCCAUAUGGGGAUGCUUCUAAGUUUGCCCAGCAUGCCUUCCGCACCUUUGACAAGAACGGGGAUGGGACCAUAGACUUCCGGGAGUUCAUCUGUGCUCUGUCCGUCACUUCUCGGGGUAGCUUUGAGCAGAAGCUCAACUGGGCUUUUGAGAUGUAUGACCUGGAUGGAGAUGGACGUAUCACCCGCCUGGAGAUGCUGGAGAUCAUCGAGGCUAUCUACAAGAUGGUAGGUACGGUCAUCAUGAUGCGCAUGAACCAGGAUGGGCUGACCCCUCAGCAGCGUGUGGACAAGAUCUUCACCAAGAUGGAUCAGGAUAAGGACGACCAGAUCACCCUGGAAGAGUUCAAGGAAGCUGCCAAGAGUGAUCCGUCCAUUGUGCUUCUGCUGCAAUGCGACAUGCAGAAGUAGGGGGGAGGGCCUGUUCUGGCCCUCCCCCUUCCCAGGGACUCUGGGGUUCUAACCCCUCUGUCCAGGGCAUCUCUGUCCAACCUGGGCUUCCCUCUCCCUGGGGUCCUAACCCCUCUGUCCAGGGCAUCCCUGUAUCCCACCCUGGGCCUUUUUGUUUCUGGGGUCCUAAUCCCUCUGGCCAGGGUAUCCCUCUGUCCCACCCUGGGCUUCCCUGUCCCUGGGGUCCUAAACCCUCUGUCCAAGGCAUCCCUGUAUCCUAACUUCCUCUACCUAGGUCCUCCCCUCCAUCCUUUACAGGGCACUUCUGGGUCCUAACCCUAUGCCCAGGGCAUUCCCCUCCUCAGAGCCACCCUGUUUCUAACUGUCCUGGCCCUGGACAUUCUUCUCCCCACAGUCUUCCAAUGUUCCACACUUUUUUGCCCCAGGUUGUUCCCACCUCAGGGCCUCGCCACCUCCCUCCCUGGAGCCUCUGCCCACCUCUGCUCUCCCUCUCCCCAGGGAUUCCUAGGCCUUGGCUGUGGCGUACAGUACCCCUUCCAUGGGUCUCCUUCAUCCCAGGAUCUUCCAGGGGCCCAGCCCUCUUAGCCCUGGGCUCCUUCCUACUGUCACCUCUUCCCUCAACCCUACAGUUUUGCCCCUGAUUCCCCCUCCUUUCCUUUUGAACUUGCUGGCAGAGCUUAGGGGCAGGCCUUGAGGAGGGGGAUAUUCCUAGCCCCAGAUCCAUCACGUCCUGAUCCAAUACUCUAUUACUGGGUCCCUGGCCAGAUUUUUUCCCAGGGAGAUCUCCCUGUUCCUGGUAAGGGAAUCCCCCCAGGAAACACUUUGGUAUAAUAUAGAGUCCUUGAUUCAGAGACAGGGGCCAGGAUUUAAGACCUGACUCUACUCCUUCCUGGUUACGUGACCCUGGGCAAAUCACUUUGUCACUCUGAGCCUCAGUUUCCCCAUCAGCAAAAUGAGGGGGUUGGACUAGAUGAUCCCUAAGGGACUUUAGCUUUCAAUCUUACCAGCCUAUGAAUCUUUUCUAGAGCUUCCUUCCCCAUCUUCCCAUGGGAAACCCCCCAAAUCCUAAACCAAAAGGACCGGCUCACUCCUGACUGAAUGCAUUGGAGGUGGGGAGAAGAUAAAGGGACCAACUGGGCUUAAAGUGAACAUCUGUUCCCAUCUCGA